UUUAAAAGUAAUGAGGAAGAAAUGGAAAGAGCAGAAUUUCAUUUAACACGGGCGACGCUGCAAAAUAUGAUGGAAACGAUGGAAUCCGACAUGGAAAAAGGACUAGAAGGUGGUAUUGCAAAGAGCACGAUUUCUAUGUUACCAUCAUUUGUCCCUGAAAUGCCUACUGGCGAAGAAGAAGGAACAUUUUUGGCAAUGGACUUAGGAGGAACUAACCUUCGAGUGAUGUUAAUGGAGAUCAGCCCUGGUCAAGAAAUGAAGUCAACGCAGUUUAACACUCGAAUCCCUGAUUUUGCUAUGCAUGGGAAUGCAGAACAGCUUUUCGACUAUAUCGCAAAGUGCUUAAUAGACUUCUUGGUUGAAAAUCACUUGGAAAAUGAAAAUUUGCCUCUUGGGUUUACGUUCUCGUAUCCAUGCAAACAGACAAGUCUGCGAAGUGCACGUCUGCUGAGGUGGACAAAAGGUUUUGAAACGGCCGGUGUUGUUAAUGAAGACGUCGUGCAGCUUUUGGAGGAGGCAAUUAGACGGGACGGUAGAGCUAAGGUAGAUGUUGUGGCACUUAUAAAUGAUACUGUUGGCACUAUGGUAGCAGCUGCAUACGAAAACAAGACGAGCAAAACAUGUCACAUCGGAGCUAUUAUUGCUACUGGUACCAACGCAUCUUACAUGGAGAAGUCAUCAAAAGUGAAAUUUGGGUUGGCACAAGCUACAGAACCUUAUCCUUACGAAGGAAUGAUAGUGGACACAGAGUGGGGUGGUUUUGGUGAUGGGGGUGAGGCUGUUGCUCUGAAAAUAUCAACUAAAUAUGAUGAUCAUGUUGAUCGCGUUUCCGAACAUCCAGGUGUCAAUACGUUUGAUAAGCUUGUUGCUGGCAAGUGUAUGGGCGAGGUUGUACGUUUGGUGUUGGAACGGCUGGUUCUUCCCUUCUUCUUACCUGGCUCUUUCCCCACAAAAUAUAUAUCUGAAAUUUUAGGGUACAUUUCAUUGCUUCAUACAAGAUUAGUUCUUGAUGAACUGGCUAUUGACCGUGAAUUUAUGGGAUCUACUGAUAUUCUUUUAGUACAAGAAGUUUGUAGGGUUGUUUGCACUCGUUCAGCAAAAUUGGCUGCUGCAGCGAUCGCAUGCUUGUGCAAACGCAUAAAUGAACCUGAUAUAUAUGUUGGUAUCGAUGGUUCAACGUACAAGUUACUGCCUUUCUUUGAACAUUUUGUAGUGGAGAACUUGAAGAAGCUCGUUGAUCCCUCGCAGAAGAAGGUACAUGUUAUUCAAACCAAAGACGGAAGUGGCAAAGGAGCGGCGCUGAUUGCAGCUAUUGUUUCACGGUUAAAGAAGAACGCCCUCUCGUUGGAAAGAGGAAAGACCAUGUUGAAAGCUGCUUCGACCACGGAAGAUGAUAAAAAACCUGGCAAGAAAGAUAAAAAACCUUCUAAUUUUACAGCCAAAAGACAUGACAUUUUCACUUUUGUUUUUUUUUAUAUGAAAUGUUAUGGUUGCAAUUUUUUAAAUUAUGCAUCUUUAUGUGUAUUUUGA